UGUCCGGCCCAGGGGAGCAGAGCCUUGCAGAGGGCCUGGCGCGGCCUGCGGGCGGCCAGGGUGGCCUCGGCAGGAAGGCGGGCCUCCGGCCUCCAGCGCAGGAGCCUCUGGCUGCAGGCCAGCAGCCCGGGAUCCGAUCCUGGAGCCGCCCAGGGGAGGACGCAGAGGAGGUAACCCCCCUCCCACGCCUGCCUGCCAGGGAGCAGUAACCCCAAGCCACUGGGAAAGCAGUCUUUCCAAGAACUUUCCGCGAGGCUCUGCUGAGAUGAUUUAUACAAUGAAGAAAGAACAGAUUUUUUGGGUGUCUGCAUAUCUGCUGCUUAAUUGUGCCUCUGCCCCUCUUAAUGCCGUCCUUGAUGAAAGUGAAGAAUAUCCCGGCAUUACAGAUGAGUUGCCACCACUGAGACUUUUACAUUCGUUUUGUGCUUUGAAAGCGGAUAAUGGCCCAUGCAGAGCAAUGAUUAGGAAUUACUUUUUCAACAUUCACACUCAACAGUGCGAAGAAUUUAUAUAUGGGGGAUGUGAAGGAAAUCAAAAUCGAUUUGAAAGUCUGGAAGAGUGCGAAGAAAAAUGUGUAAGAGUUUAUCCAAAGGCUAAGACAGAGACAUUAGAAAAAGUUCCAGAAAAGCCAGAUUACUGCCAUAUGAAUGAAGACAGCGGACUCUGUCGAGGUUUUGUCACUAGGUAUUAUUAUAACAACGUGUCAAGUAAAUGCGAAGGCUUCAAGUACGGUGGGUGCCUUGGCAAUCUAAACAACUUUGAAACGCUGGAACAAUGCAAGAACACCUGCGAGGGCAGCAGUGAUUUGCAGACGGAUGAAACAGUGAAUAAUACAGGAUCGCCUGGGUCUAUGAAUAAUACAUCCCUGUUUAAUUCUGGGGAUAGCCUAUUACCAUCUGAUUCUGGGGAUAGCAUACCACCUGAUUCUGAGACUGGUGGAUUACAACACGAUUCUGAGAGUGGUGGAUUACAACACAAUUCUGGAGAUAAUGCAUCACCUCUUGUUUCUGUGAAUAAUGACUCUUUCACUCCCCGGCCUCCCACGGUUUCCAGCUUUUUAGAGUUCUAUGGUCCUUCCUGGUGUCUGACCCCAGCAGACAGAGGGCUGUGUCAUGCCAACGAGAGCCGAUUCUACUAUAAUUCAGUCAUUGGGAAAUGCCGCCCUUUUAAGUACAGUGGAUGUGGAGGGAAUGAAAAUAAUUUCACUUCUAAAAAAGCAUGCCUUACAGCUUGCAAAAAAGGUUUCAUGCAAAGAAUAUCAAAAGGAGGAUUAAUUAAGACCAAAAGAAAAAGAAAGAAGCAGACCGUGAAAAUAGUAUAUGAAAAAAUUUUUGUUAAAAAACUAUAAAUUUGUUACACUAUUACAUCAGCUCUAAAUAUUUUGGAUGAAGCUUUUCACUAUAUUUUUUUUCUUUCGUGAAAUCCUUUUACUGAAUAUUUCCAUGAGUUUUCUAUGUACAUAUUAACUGCUAUUAAUACAUUUGUAUCAGAAGUCAUUUCUUCGUCUAUUCAAAGUGCAUACUCAAGGGCUGACAACUAUGAAUUUACUUAUUCUCUCAAUCCUUUUCUAUUUCCCAUUGGCUAUAAAUUAUCAUAUUACUGGCCACAUCAGAUCAGUCCACUUUUUCCUUUGGUGACCAGCCAUUUGAAAAUAUGGUCGUGUAUAUGAUGAUCUCCUUUAUAACCUAUGCACAGAUUAAAAAAUACAGCUAUUAAAGAUCAAGCACGUUUUGGAUUUCACAUCUAAAGUGCUGCCAACCACUUUCUUCUGUAAGGAUAUCACUCUAUUAUGCAUUUAACUAGAGCUGAUACUAAUACAAUUCCAUCAUGUGCUUCCCUCCCUACACAUACUUUGUCUCCUUUGGCAUAAACCAGUACCUCAAAUCAAUCUUGAGCCAAACUACUAUCUGAACAAAGAGUCAACUUUAUUAUGUGCCUGCCUGAUUCUGAUUGAUUUAACUAUUUUUUUACUUGCUUAUGAUCCAUGAUAUUAGUAAAAAAUGGUUGAACAGUUGUGUGUUAAGUACAGAUCAUGGGGCGAAGGGAAGCUUGGUAGGAGGGGAGUUUUUAAUGGCAAUCAAAAGAAAAUUGUUCAUGUACUUCCUAAUUUUAUUGUUUAACAAAAAUCUCUCUUAUGCCAAAUAGUAAGAAUAUUUAAAUCUAAUGAAACUUACUCAUUUAUCAUUAGACUUUGCACAUAGUAGAACCCAGUAACUCAUGUGUAAGGCGGGGGAAUAAAAAGGCAUAUUAUUUCUAUAAAAUAAGAAGAUUCUACUAGAAAAUCUAUGUACUUAUUCACUCUCAGUGAAUAGCCUUCCCUUCCUGUAUUCCUUCCUUUCUCUGCUGAGCCACGUACCCUCUGGCAUUUCAACAGCCUCCUAGAAAUUUCAGUUCGAUAAUGUUCAUCUCCAACUUUGUAUUUAAAUUUGAACUUUUCAUCCAGAAACAACUACUUCAUGCACUUAGUUUAGCUGACUUCUCUCUAGCAAUAGUAUUAGAAUUCCGCUUGUUCCUUAACCUUGAAAGUUUGAACCCAAUCUUGACUUCUCAGUUUUCUUCAUACACAUAUUUGACCAGUCUCUCAACACUGCUGCUUCCUUUUUCAUAAGCUUCAGCUCCAGGCCUUUUGUCCCUAUUGCAUUCUUCACAUCAGUAUUGACUUAAUUCCUAAGAAUCAAUUCAAUAUAUUUCUCUACCUCUCAAAAUUCACCAAGGACUCACUAAUUGGUACUUACCCCUACCCCAUCCCCCACAAUUUCAUUUUGAUAUGUAUAUUUUUUGACUUAACUACUGUUUUCUUUCUUGACUAUUUCAAUUUAAUUAAAAGGGUAUAUACAUUGUUCACUGAAUACAUCUUUAAUUACUCAGCUUGUUCAUGCUGAUUUCCAACCUAAAAAUAUGAUCUCUUCCCGACUAUCUACAUGAAUUCAGGGUCCAGCUGAUGUGAACUAUAAAAAUCACUAUGUUUUGAGGCUAAAUAUGAAGUCCUAAGAUAUCAUUACAAAUCACUUCAUCCUAUGGCUUAAAAAUUAUAUCAUUAUAAAAUAGUGUCAAUUUGUUCACUUAGAAAUUUUAUAUCUUGAUUAUAUAAUACAUAUGUAUAAUACAAAUAUACACUAUAUAUAUUUGCCUUAAACUGGAUCUUUGCUAUGGAAUUUGAGACUUUUAGAUAUCAAAAUCCCUGUGACAUAUGGUUUGUUGUCAUUUAUACAUGGAUAGCAAUACGUUUAAAUAAAGGGUAACAUGUCCUUAGGUCAAGUGAUAAGUUGACACCAAUGACAUAUAAAUAACACAUUACUGAGUUGAAUGUUUUCUCCAACAACCAUUCAUGGGUUCAUUACUUAAUCAAGAAAGACUCACAUUGAGAUAGUUUGCAAUGUUUAAUGCACGAGUAUUAUUUUUACUGUGUUUUUAAAUAAGAAGCCCUCUGGUGGUAUUGUCUUGCCUUGUUUUACAUAAUCUAACAUCUAACUGUGAAUUUUAUACAGAAUUACAUUCUACAACAUUUAUAUAUAUUUACCUACUUUGUUUAUUCUAUGUUCAAAAUUAACAGACCGUGCUGAAAACUGC